AUGAACUAUUCUAUGGAUCAAGGCAACGUCUCUUCUGCCGCAUUGAGAAAGAGAAAAACACUCAAGAAAUCAAUCAACUUCUCCAUUAUGAUUGUGGGUGAAAGCGGCUCCGGCAGAUCAACUUUGAUCAACACUUUGUGCGGAGGCAACUCCAUCGUACCCACCUCGUCUACAAUCAGAGAAGAUGCAUUCACCAAGAAAAUGAUGUUGAGACACGAAAAUGUCGAAUUGGAAGAUAAUGAUGGCCACAAAAUCAGCCUCAACAUCAUAGAUACACCAAACUUUGCCAACCAAAUCAAUUGCGAACAAGACUUUAGAGUUAUAGUAGACUUUAUCCGUCACCAAUUCGACGAGGUAUUGUUGGAAGAAAGCCGUGUUAAGCGUAACCCUAGAUUCAAAGAUGGAAGAAUCCACGUGUUGAUCUACUUGAUCAAUCCUACCGGUCAUGGCUUAUCUGAAAUAGACGUCAAGUUCCUCAAACAUAUCAAUAACUUGGUCAACAUCAUCCCCGUGAUCUCCAAAGCAGACUCCUUGACCCGCGAAGAAUUGAUGCUAAAUAAAAGAUUGAUCUUGGAAGACUUGGAAAAUUACGGCAUCAACUUUUACAAGUUUAACGAAUACGAAUACGAAAAGGACUACAUUGACGAUGAAAUAAUCGAGUACAACAAAUACUUGAACUCAUUGCUACCAUUUGCAAUCAUUGGGGCCAACGAGUACAGAAAAAACCCAGCAUUAAACAAACAGCACCAUUCAACUGGUGCUGGUGCUGAUAUUGAUGCUGAUGAUGACGAUGCAGACGAGAUUAUCAAAUUGAGAGUGUUGCAAAAGGACUUGAAGCCCAUCAACAUUGAUAAUCCCGAUAUCAAUGAUUUCACAAUAUUGAAAAACGUGAUAUUAAUCACCCAUUUGAACGAGUUCAAGGACUUGACUCAUGACCAAAUAUAUGAAAACUACAGAACAGAAGCAUUAUCUGGUAAACAAUUCCACUACAUGGACAAAGAAGCAGCAGACGGAGAAGACGGAAGCUAUAGAUCAUACACUACAAGCACGCAAAACUUGGCCGAGCAUGCUAAUGGAAAUGGCAACGCUGCUGCCAAUGGAAAUGGCGGUGUUGGUGGAAGCAGUGGCAGCAAUGGAUACAGCCAUGCUCGCAAUGGAUCAGAUAAUGUGGGCGGUCAAUCCUCAGAUUAUUUAAAGAAGGAGGAGCAAAUCAGAAUGGAAGAAGAAAGAUUGAGGAAAUUCGAGGAAAGAGUGCACCAGGAUUUGAUUACAAAGAGACAAGAGCUAUUAGAAAGGGAGAAUGAAUUGAAGGAAAUCGAAAAGAGAUUGUUGGCGGAAGGGUUGAAAUUGAAUGAAAAUGGUGAUGUCGUUAAAGUAGAUGAAUAA